UCUCUCUCUCUCUCUCUCUCUCUCUCUCUCUCUCUCGGCGAUAGAGAGAGUCUCCAAGCAAAGCCAAAGCGUUGGGAGCGGAAAAUCUAAGGAGAAAGAAAAGGAGGCUUCUUUACUUUCGCUGUUCUUUGUUUAAUAAAUUUUUAUUUUUCUCAGAUGCGAAUAUCUUAGAUUCAACUGGGUAAAGUCAAGGGGGUUACGGCUAGAGCUUAGGGAUUUGUAGCUGGUCCUUCUAAUUCAGGGCGAGAUCAAGUUUUGCUUGGAAUCGAAAUAGUGACUAAAUCCUGCGAAAUACAGAGGAUCCGAGGCAUAGAUCCGCUGGUUUCCGCCAGAUCUGUUCAUCUGUGGUGUUGCCGGAGAGAUUUCCUAAUGCUAUGGUUUAGAGGAAGGAAAAGAAAAUGAAUAUGAUUGGAUGGUUUGAAGCCAUCUUGGAGAAGUUGUAGCCAUUAGGCGUUAAAGCAGAGCAAAAGAUAGUGUUACUAUAUUGUAGCUGCGGAAUUUCUGAGAAGCUGAUGGAAGAGAUGUCUCCAGCAGUUGCCAUGACUUUGAGCUUGGCAAAUUCCAUGUGCGAUAAUUCGGGAGUCUCAUCACCGAUGGAAAUCACUCGGCUAAAGCUCGUUACCGAUGCAGCUGGCAUGUUAUCUGGUUCGGCUAAUCAAAGUUUCAAUGAUGAGACAGACUGUAUAAUGGAAGAUGUUUCAGAGUCAGAGGAGAAAUGCCGAGGAGGAGGGGGAGGACCUGAUUCCCAUGAAACUUUAACCAAACACAGAAUCAAGCCUGCUGCAAAUGUCUUUGGAGCAACUGUUCAAGAAACGGAGGAAGAUGAGGUUUUAUCAGUUGUGGAGGAUAGUGGCACAGUCAUCAGCGAGGGGUUAUUAGUUGUGGAUGCUGGGUCGGAGAUAAGCUUGCCAGAUACAGUGGAGAUAGAAAAUGGGCGGGUUAUUGCAAAGGCAAUUAUACUAGCGGAGACGAGCAUAGAGCAGGUUCCUGCAGCAGAAGUCUUUAUCACGAGUGUGAAUCCGAAUGUGAAGACUCCAGAUGGGUCUAGUUUGAAAGCUUCAGAGGUUGUCAUUCGGUUGCCCGAAGAAAAGAGCCAUCUCACAAAAGCAGGGAGGAGUGUGUUUGAACUAGAUUGCAUACCACUAUGGGGCACUGUUUCAAUUUGUGGGAAUAGGCCUGAAAUGGAGGAUGCCAUUGCUGCUCUUCCUCAUUUUCUGAAAAUUCCCAUCAAAAUGCUUAUCGGGGAUCAUGUUAUUGACGGGAUUGUUCCAAGUCUCACACAUCUUACCGGGCAUUUUUUCGGCGUUUAUGAUGGCCAUGGGGGCUCUCAGGUUGCUGACUAUUGUCGUGACCGAAUCCAUUAUGCUUUAGCCGAAGAGAUCAAACGCAGCAAAGAUGAGUUAGUCGAUGUGAAUAAGGUCGGGAAUAGGCAGGUUCAGUGGGAAAAGGUCUUUACCAGAUGCUUUCUAACCGUCGAUGAUGAGAUUUCAGGACAGAUAAGCCGGCCAAGUUCUGAUAAUUCUGAUGUUCUCGAGGCCGUUGCUCCCGAGACCGUUGGUUCAACUGCAGUGGUUGCUUUGGUUUGUUCUUCUCAUAUCAUAGUUUCCAACUGUGGUGAUUCAAGAGCAGUUUUAUACCGAGGCAAAGAAUCCAUGGCUUUAUCUGUUGAUCACAAACCCGAUAGAGAAGACGAGUACGCAAGGAUAGAAGCAUCCGGGGGGAAGGUUAUACAGUGGAAUGGUGCACGUGUUUUCGGUGUUCUAGCCAUGUCAAGAUCCAUUGGGGACAGUUAUCUGAAGCCAUGGAUAAUCCCGGAACCCGAGGUGAUGUUCAUACCCCGGGCGAGAGAAGACGAGUGCCUCGUACUGGCUAGCGACGGGCUAUGGGACGUGAUGACUAACCAAGAAGCCUGCGAGGUGGCGAGGAGACGGAUUCUGCUGUGGCACAAGAAGCACGGGCCCCCGCCCUUAGCAGAGAGGGGCAAAGGGGCGGACCCCGCGGCUCAGGCAGCGGCGGAGUACCUCUCCAUGCUCGCCCUUCAGAAGGGGAGCAAAGACAACAUCUCAGUCAUUGUGGUCGACUUGAAGACUCAGAGGAAGUUCAAGAACAAGUCCUGAAAAGAAGGGGAAAAAAAACCCUCUGCAGUAAUUUCUCUCCUCUUUCGUUUUCUUUUCCACGUUUCUAAUUUCAAGCAGUUAUAAUAUAUUUUUACCCAAUACUGUUAGGAUGUGGGGGGAAAUAAAUAAAUGGUAAAGAUGCGUAAGAAGGUCCAUUUCGUUUUCCUAUGGGCUUUGGUUGCGUGGGUGUCAAGAAAGGAAUAGAAGGGGUUGUAUUGUACGUACUGUUUGGGGGGUUUGGUUUGGCUAAUGGAAUUGUAAUGGUAAUCGUACGGUCAUGACACCUUAACACCUCUUCUGCUUUUUCUUGGCAUGGAGAGUUUUUUUUAGUAUAUCUGAUCUUUUUUUUUAAA